CAAAGUGCUUUGAAAUUGGACUUUUGUGUGAUGGGUUUUCUUUGACUCAGAUAUGCUACAUACUCUACCCUGGGGAUGACUCAGUGGAAGGAAAAAUUCUACGAUUGAAACAGCAAUAUACUUUGUGCUCGGCUUCUCUCCAAGAUAUCAUUGCCCGAUUUGAAAGGAGAUCUGGUGGACAUAUAAAAUGGGAGGAUUUUCCUGAAAAAGUUGCUGUCCAGAUGAAUGAUACCCACCCUACUCUAUGUAUCCCAGAGCUUAUUAGAAUAUUGAUUGAUGUGAAGGGCUUGAGCUGGAAGGAAGCUUGGAAUAUCACUCAAAGGACAGUGGCAUACACAAAUCAUACUGUUCUGCCUGAGGCACUGGAGAAAUGGAGUUAUGAGUUGAUGGAGAAGCUGCUUCCUAGACAUAUAGAGAUUAUAGAGAUGAUAGAUCAGCAGCUGAUAAAUGAAAUAAUAUCAGAAUAUGGCACCUCAGACCUUGACAUGUUAGGAAACAAGUUGAAAGCUAUGAGAAUUUUGGAGAACUUUGAUCUUCCAAGCUCUGUCGCAGAAUUAUUUACUAAACCAAAGGAAACCCCAGCUGUUGAUCCUAGUGCGGAAGUUGAAGAUAGUGAUGAAGUGGUGCCCGGUGAUGAAAAGGAUCAGCCUGCAGAAAAAGAAACAGAACCGGUGAAAGCUGUGGACCCACCGCAAGCUCCUAAGAUGGUCCGUAUGGCUAAUCUUUGUGUUGUCGGUGGUCAUGCUGUAAAUGGAGUUGCUGAGAUCCAUAGUGAUAUAGUGAAGGAAGAUGUUUUCAAUGACUUUUACAAGAUUUGGCCCGACAAAUUUCAAAACAAAACUAAUGGUGUAACUCCCAGAAGAUGGAUCCGGUUUUGUAAUCCUGCUCUUAGUAAUAUCAUUACAAAAUGGAUUGGUACAGAUGACUGGGUCCUAAACACAGAAAAGUUGUCAGAAUUACGUAAGUUUGCAGAUAAUGAAGAUCUUCAAAGAGAGUGGAGGGAAGCAAAGAGAAGCAACAAGUUAAAGGUUGCUUCAUUCAUAAAAGAAAGAACAGGGUAUUCAGUCAGCCCCAACUCAAUGUUUGAUAUCCAGGUAAAACGCAUUCAUGAAUACAAGAGACAACUCUUGAAUAUCUUGGGAAUUGUUUACCGAUACAAGCAGAUGAAAGAAAUGAGCGCAGCAGAAAGAGAAGCAAAGUUUGUUCCUCGGGUAUGCAUAUUUGGAGGAAAAGCUUUUGCCACAUAUGUGCAAGCUAAAAGGAUUGUGAAAUUCAUAACAGAUGUUGGAGCCACCAUAAAUCAUGAUUCUGAAAUAGGUGAUCUGCUGAAGGUUAUAUUUGUCCCUGACUACAAUGUCACCGUUGCUGAAAUGCUAAUUCCUGCAAGUGAACUUUCACAACAUAUCAGUACGGCUGGAAUGGAGGCCAGUGGAACCAGCAACAUGAAAUUUUCUAUGAACGGCUGCAUCAUAAUUGGGACUUUGGAUGGGGCAAAUGUUGAGAUAAGGCAAGAGGUGGGUGAUGAAAAUUUCUUUCUCUUCGGGGCUAAAGCUCAUGAGAUUGCAGGGCUUCGGAAGGAAAGGGCUGAGGGAAAGUUUGUACCUGAUGAACGUUUUGAGGAAGUCAAGAAGUUCAUAAGGAGCGGUGCCUUUGGCUCAAAUAACUAUGACGAGCUUAUCGGAUCUUUGGAGGGAAACGAAGGCUUUGGACGCGCAGACUAUUUCCUUGUAGGCAAGGACUUCCCAAGUUACAUAGAAUGCCAAGAGAAGGUCGAUGAAGCAUAUCGUGACCAAAAGAGAUGGACCAGGAUGUCAAUCAUGAAUACAGCCGGGAGCUACAAAUUCAGCAGUGAUCGAACGAUUCAUGAAUAUGCUAAGGACAUAUGGAACAUCCAGCCAGUCGUCUUUCCUUAGAAAGAAACAACCCGAUUUUCUGAGGACCAGUAUGUCUUUCAUCUCCUUGUUCCAUUAAAGCAUCCCCCCAUCUGUACCCAGUUUAUGUACAUGUAGGGCAAGGCAAGACACUGGCAUCUAUCAUCAUAUAAUAAGUCUUCUUGCUCCUUGUACUAUAUGUUG